CAAUAAACAUUCUAAAAUAAAAUUGAAAAAAUGGUCGUGCCGUCUUGCUCCCCUUCAUCUUCGUGGUCGUCGUCCGGAGCAGCCGUAGCCGCACGCGCCUCCGCGAAACCCCCUCCUCCCCGCUCCACCUCACCGCCGUCCAGGCCCACCUGCAGGGCCAUGGACUCUGCCGCUGGCGCCGCCCGCCGCCGCGUCCGCAUCGCUGUCGUCGGCGACGUGCACAAUGACUGGGCCCUUGAGGAAGAUUCAAAAGCUCUACAAUUUCUUCAGCCGGAUUUGGUACUUUUUACAGGUGACUAUGGUAAUGAGAAUGUUGAACUUGUUGAAAGCAUUGCAGGCCUUCAGUUACCAAAGGCAGCGAUUCUUGGCAAUCACGAUUGCUGGCACACAUAUCAAUUCUCAGAUAAGAAGGUAGAUCGUGUUCGGCUUCAGCUUGCAAGCCUUGGUGAGCAGCAUGUUGGGUACAAAUGCUUGGAUUUUCCAACAAUAAAGCUGAGCGUUGUUGGUGGGCGACCAUUUUCCUGCGGAGGUGAUAGGCUAUUUAGACCAAAGCUUCUAUCAAAACGGUAUGGUGUCAAUGACAUGGCUGGAAGUGCAAAGAAGAUAUACGACGCUGCUGCUGGUGCACCAGAGGGGCAUUCUGUUGUACUGCUUGCACAUAAUGGGCCAACAGGUCUAGGUUCAAGAAUGGAUGAUAUCUGUGGGCGGGAUUGGGUACCCAGUGCUGGUGACCAUGGCGAUCCAGAUCUCGAGCGAGCCAUCACCGAUCUGCAAAGGGAAACCGGAGUUUCCAUUCCGCUUGUCGUGUUUGGGCACAUGCACAAGAGCCUAGCCUACGGGAGAGGCCUGAGGAAGAUGAUUGCCUUUGGAGCGAACCACACCAUAUACCUGAAUGGAGCGGUUGUGCCCAGGGUGAGAUACGCACAAGCGACUCCCAGCUUCAAGCAAAAUCAGCCGGAAGGAUCGGUGUCGGCAGCUCCAACCUCACGGGCCUUCACCAUCGCCAAUCUCUCAGAAGGGCGCGUCGAGAAGAUCUCCGAGGUCUGGGUGCUGGUGAGCGGCGCCAAGGCUGAGCUCGAGGAGGAGAUCGUCUUGUAUAAGCAUCCGCAAGAGCAUAUGUGAGAUGUUACCCGACGAAUAUGCAACCGUUGUGAAUACUUACUGUAAAUGUGCAGGGGGCGAAGCUGAAGUCGUUUAAUGACUAAUGAGUGUUACAAACUGCCUUGUACCACUACCAAUUGAAAGCAGCACUUAAUCACUUGUAUCAUAUAAGCCUGUUACCGUGUAA